AUGUUGGGUUUGAAUACUGUUUGGUUUGUCACUGGCUGUUCUUCUGGGGUUGGAAAGUCCCUAGCGAGCGCUAUAUAUGCCGCUGGCCACAAUAUUGUGGCUACCGCACGCAACGUCGAUACACUUUCCUAUCUGCCGGACGAAGCAAAUGUUCUGAAACUAAAACUUGAUGUUACUUCUCGAGAGACCAUCCUUGAUGCCCUGUCUGCUACCGUGGCGAGAUUUAAUCAACUUGAUGUAGUGGUGAAUAACGCAGGGUAUGCCCUCAUGGGUGACACAGAAGCCGUACCUGAAUCAGAUGCUCGGCUACAGAUGGAAACCCUUUUUUGGGGCCCAGUCCUAAUCACUCAAAAUGCCGUUCGCAUCUUCAGAGAAGUCAACCCGGCUGGAAAGGGUGGCACCAUUGUUCAACUUUCCUCCAUUGGUGGCUACUUGACAUUCCCUGGUGGUUCAUUCUAUCACGCCGGCAAGUUCGCGCUCGGUGGAUUUACGCAAUCUUUCGCUAAAGAGGUGGAUCCAAGCUGGGGGAUCAAAUUUCUGGUGGUUGCCCCGGGUGGGAUUCAGACUAAUUUUGGCUCAAAUGUGCACCUCGAGCACCGUCAUCCUGCAUAUGAUACCUUGACAAGUCCGUUUAAUCAAUUAUUUCAGUACAUGAUGAGCCCGGCUGUUCAAGAGACCUUUUCUCAGCCGGGUAUAUGUGCCGAAGUUCUCUUUGAUGCUAUUGUGGGCCAAGACAAGCGACCUUUACCCACAAGGCUCUUGAUGGGUGCUGAGACCAUUCCACUUGUUGAAGCUGAAAAUAUGAGAGCCGCAGAGGAGGUGAAAGCUUGGAAAGAAGAGACGAUAAAAUGCUCAGCCGAAGUUGUCCUGAAAGACGUUCCUUCAUUCUGA